AGGCUCUCCAGCGUGAUUGGCUGGGGCUGUAGGCUGCUGCCGGUUAAAGCUCCGCAGCGUUCCUUCAGCAAGGGGUUCAGUCGGUUCCCGCCCGGGGGAGGAGGGGCGGGUGGUGGUGGGUUCCAGUGUGGAGGCGGCCCCCCCGCCGUGCUGGAGGGGGGGCGAGGAGAGCCGAUCUGGAAGCCAUGGCGCGGAGCUCCGGGGCUGCGGGGCCGCCACAAGCUCCCCUGUGACUAUCACACGCCAUGCCCUUCAGCCUCUUCCGGAGAUUUCUUGUUGCCGCCCUGCUGCUGGUGAUUGUUUGGACCCUCUUGGGGCUCUCCGGUAUCGAGGAGGAGCUGCUGAGCCUCUCGCUAGCCUCCCUGCUUCCAGCUCCAGCCUCGCCUGGGCCGCCCCUAGCCCUGCCCCGCCUCUUGAUUCCCAACGAGGCCGCUUGCAGGACUCCGGGCGCCCCACCAUUCCUGCUCAUUCUGGUGUGCUCCGCCACGGAGAAUCUGAACCAAAGGAACGCCAUUCGAGCCUCAUGGGGCAGGCUGCGGGAGGCCCAAGGGCUCAGGGUGCAGACCCUCUUUUUGCUGGGAGAGCCGAACAGGGGGCAUCCUGCCUGGGACACGGAGGAGAAGGAGCUGUCACGCGAGUCUGAAACCCACAGGGACAUCGUGCAGGCGGCCUUCCAGGACUCGUACCGCAACCUUACUCUGAAGACCCUCAGUGGGCUGAACUGGGCAGACAAACACUGCCCCAUGGCCCGCUACAUCCUCAAAACUGAUGACGAUGUGUUUGUCAACAUCCCUGAACUGGUAUCAGAGCUGCUCCGGCGAGAAGGGCAUUCGGAGCUAUGGGAGAGGGGCUCGGAGUCUCAGGGAGGAGCUGAGGGGGGGCCUGAACAAAAGGGAGGCCACUUCACCCUUGGGGACCAGCCAGUGCCUCUUUUGUACCUGGGCCGUGUACACUGGCGGGUGCACCCCUCUCGGACACCAGGGUACAAGCACCAGAUAUCAGAGGAGCAGUGGCCUCCCACCUGGGGCCCCUUCCCACCCUAUGCCUCGGGCACAGGCUACGUGUUGUCAGCUUCAGCUGUGCAGCUUGUCCUCAGAGUGGCCAGCCGGGCACCCUCUCUGCCACUGGAGGAUGUCUUUGUGGGGGUGAGUGCCCGACGAGGUGGCCUCUCUCCAACCCACUGUGUUAGGCUAGCUGGCGCCACCCACUACCCCCUGGACCGGUGCUGCUAUGGGAAGUUCCUGCUGACCUCCCACAAGUUGGACCCCUGGAAGAUGCAGGAAGCCUGGAAGCUGGUGGGCAGCUCUAGUCGGGGUAGGACUGCACCCUGGUGCUCCUGGCUCCAGAACGUCCUGGGCAUCACGCGGUGUCGGGUAAUAGCUUGGCUUCGCAGCUGAAUGCAGAGGCCCCAGGAGGAGCUGAGGGCCCACCCAGCAUCCUCAGACUCUCAUGACUUUUCUCUCGGGCCCAAGACUGGGCCCCCACUGGUGGCAAUCAUUGUUUCCUGUUUGGAUGUUUAGUUACUAGAGGGAUAUAGGAAUCUAGGGGAUUGGCCUGCCGACUCCAAAGAUGGUCAUCAGGAAGAGCAAAGAAAUGCUGGAGCUGUCCCCUCCAGUUAUGGCAGG